AUCACUCAAACCGCACCGUUUUCCGCUUUCUCCCGACUCGAAGACCCCCCUGGAAAAUGCGUCAAAACUAGGUAAACCUGUAACGUUAACAUUUAUUCAACAUGCUGAGAUUCUCUUCAAAGACUUUCUCUCUCCUCAGAAAACACCGCCACUUCUCAUUUUCCCCCAAUCAAAACUCCAAUGUGGUUGUUCAAUCAUCCGAAUUGAGGAAUCAGUUUGAUUCUAACCUGGUUUGCCUUCAAACCAGUAAAGAAGACAACAAUGAUACAUCUUACGCUGAUGAAUUCUCCGCCGACGUUGAGAAGAUAUUCAGAAUAUUAAAAAAAUUCCACUCUAGAGUUCCGAAACUUGAGCUGGCUUUACAAGCAUCCGGCGUCGUUUUACGUCCCGGUUUAACAGAACGCGUGAUUAACCGUUGCGGUGAUGCGGGGAAUUUGGGGUAUAAUUAUUAUGUGUGGGCGUCGAAGCAACCGAAUUUUUUUCAUAGCUAUGACGUGUACAAGUCGCUGAUUAAGAGUUUAAGUAAAAUGAGACAAUUUGGCGCCGUUUGGGCUUUAAUUGAGGAAAUGAGAAGAGAAAAGCCAGAGUUGAUUUCAAGUGAAGUGUUUGUGGUUUUGAUGAGGAGAUUUGCGUCUGCAAGAAUGGUUAAGAAGGCUAUUGAAGUGUUAGAUGAGAUGCCAAAGUAUGGGUGUGAAGCGGAUGAGUAUGUGUUUGGUUGUUUGUUAGAUGCUUUGUGUAAGAAUAAUAGUGUUAAAGAAGCAGCCAAGCUGUUUGAGGAUAUGAGAGUGAGGUUUAAGCCGAGUUUGAGGCAUUUUACGUCGUUGUUGUACGGUUGGUGUAGAGAAGGGAAGUUAAUAGAGGCUAAAUAUGUCUUGGUGCAAAUGAAGGAGGCUGGUUUUGAGCCUGAUAUCGUUGUUUAUAACAAUUUGUUAAGUGGGUAUGCACAAUUGGGAAAAAUGACUGAUGCUUUUGGGUUGUUAAAGGAAAUGAAGAUGAAGGGUUGUGAACCAAAUGCAAACUCAUAUACGGUUUUGAUUCAGGCACUGUGUAGGCAGGAAAAGAUGGAGGAGGCAAUGAGGGUUCUUGCUGAGAUGGAGAGAAAUGGAUGUGAGGCUGAUGUUGUGACUUACACUACCGUGAUAAGUGGGUAUUGUAAAUGGGGGAAAAUUGAGAAAAGUUAUGAAAUUUUGGAUGGAAUGAUACAAAGAGGGCAUAUGCCUAAUCAGUUGACUUAUUUGCAUAUAAUGUUGGCCCAUGAGAAGAAGGAAGAGUUAGAAGAGUGUGUGGAAUUGAUGAGGGAGAUGAAAAGGAUUAGUUGUGUUCCAGAUGUUGGUAUUUAUACUGUGGUGAUUAGGUUGGCUUGCAAGUUGGGGGAGGUGAAAGAAGCUGUAAAUGUUUGGAACGAGAUGGAAGCUAGUGGGUUUAGUCCAGGGAUUGAUAGUUUUAUUGUGAUGAUUCAUGGAUAUCUUGGGCAAGGAUUAUUAGUUGAGGCUUGUGAGUAUUUCAAGGAAAUGGUUGGGAGAGGCCUAUUUUCUGCUCCUCAGUAUGGUAUCUUGAAGGAGUUGUUGAAUUCUCUAUUGAGAGGUGGGAAGCUUGAAAUGGCUAAAGAUGUUUGGACUUGUAUUGUCAGUAAAGGAUGUGACCUUAAUGUUUCUGCAUGGACAAUUUGGAUUCAUUCUCUCUUCUCCAAUGGACAUGUUAAAGAGGCUUGUUCUUAUUGCUUGGACAUGAUGGAUGCAGAUGUAAUGCCACAACCGGACACUUUUGCUAAGCUCAUGCGUGGACUAAGGAAACUAUAUAAUAGACAGAUUGCAGCAGAGAUUACAGAGAAAGUGAGGAAGAUGGCUGCUGAUAGAGAAAUCACCUUCAAAAUGUAUAAACGACGUGGUGAGAGGGACUUGAAAGAAAAAGUAAAGCUGAAAAAAGAUGGGAGGAAGAGGAGUGCUUGUCAAAGGCGAUGGGGCAGGGGACAUGGUAAAGCCAAGAUUUUGUAGUUAGAAUGAAGGGAUUGUUGUGAUUCUGGUGAAGUAAACGACUUCAAUAUAAAGAAAUGUAUUCAUGAGACUAGUUCCAAUCCAGUGCUUUGAGUAAUGCAGAAAGCCUUUAAAUCCUCAGCUGAUUGUCUGGUUUACCAUGGGCAUCUGAGGAUCAUUUUUAAUCUAAAUAUAUAGAAAUGUUGCUCUGUUGGUUUUAACAAGGAUAUGCCGUGGUCAGUGGUUUUUCGGUGAGUGCAACUUAUGAUAACUAUUAGCAACAAAGGCAAUUAUCAUAGACGGUUGAUUUUAGCAAACUGGUGGCUGUGUUUGCCGCAUGAAUGCCAAGACUAUAGGCGUUUAACAGCAGGAUGUGGUAAUUUCAUAAAGGGACACCUUAUGACGGGCCACCAUAUAGAAUAACUUUCUCCAGCUCUCCCUUUGCAUAUUGAGAUAAGUGCUUCAUUGGACAUGGAAAUGCCAAUUUGCCACCAUCUCAGAUAAAGAAGACUUCUGGGUUGCCUGCAAAUUUGACUGAUGGUUUCUGCUAGUGAUUAGAUAUAUUCUAUUUGGAUGUUGGCAUUGCUAAGUUGCAACAUCUUUAACAAUUAGGUAUGAAAUAAUAUAUAUUUACUUCCUGCACUAUUAUAAAAUUUUCAAACUAUAGAUUCAC